AAUAUUGGCGCUUUCAUUUCGCUUUACUUUCGUUGUUUGGUUUGCGUUCACUGAGGUUCGCUUCAUAGUGCAUGUACGAGCGGCAUUUCGCUGAUCAUUUUAUCAAGUUUAAUCCGGAUUUAGGGUGAAGUAGCUCACGGGUUCCAGACAACCUGGCUCCAGUCGUCUAAUCUAUGGGCUGAGGGGCUGUCCGUUCGGGCAACGAGACAGGUAAAAUAGGCGUCUGGAGCGAUAUAUGAUCUUCUGUGCGCGAAAAGAGGCCAACAGUGACGCUGUGCGCACGAGACUUGGAAGUUCAGCUUCUCUGGGUCCCACAGACCGACAGAUGCGUGUCCUAAUGAUGUUGACAUAUUCACACAACAUUGAGCGAGGCAGCGCUGUUUCGCGGCAGCAAUAGAGUUCUCAAACACCUUUUUAUAAGUCUGAAGUCUUUCCCCUCCACCCGACCUGUUAAAACCACGCCUACAGAGCAACACAAUUGGUCCGAAAGCGUCAAAGAGCCAAUCAACAGAGAGCUGCUGCUCGAAACAUGCAACACAUCCACACUGCUGAAGCCUAUGGAGUUCAGAAGCACUGGGAAUAUCUCUGUGCUGGACCCUGUUCUCCGCAUAUCUGCUGAAAUGUGUGUGCGCGUGAAAGGGCGAGAGAGAAAGUGUGUGUGUGAGCGUGUGAAGGUGUAUACCUCCAACAAGUAAAGACAGAGGAAUUAUUCCGAGGCAACGAAAUAUUUCAACACAUCUCUUUGGCAGGACUCGGGACGAUCUUAUUAUUACCGGAAUGUCUGUUUUAAAGAAAUCUAAAGGAACCCGACUUACGCCGCCAGCAGCCGUACAGUGACUCGGUCGACUUUAAUUUCAUUGUUUUAUUUCUAUUUUCUCGGUUUCAUAGCGCACUGACACAAGACAAACGGCAGCCGCGAAGAUUAAUGGAUAGCCAUUUCUCACUUUCUCUUUUAGAUACUUUGUUGGAAUCUAGCUAGAGAAACAAUUAAGAGACUCACACACCGAGGCGUCGCAGGGAAGCUGGACUUGGUGAAGGACUUCUCCGGCGCAGACAUUUAGCUGAUUGUACCUCCAGACGCUCGAUUUAAGAAACACCGCAUCUGCUAUCUGGACUUGAAUGAACUUCCCGAUGAGAGAUCCAGUUAUUCAAGGAUCCAGUAUGGCAUAUCACCCGUUUUUACCUCACCGGGGUCCGGAAUUUGCCAUGAGCGCAAUGCUGGGUCACCAGCCGCCCUUCUUCCCGGCCCUGGCACUGCCACCUAACGGCUCCCUGUCCCUGCCCGGGGCGCUGGGCAAACCAAUAAUGGAGCAGCUGAUGGGCGCAGCAGAGACCGGCCUUCACUUCUCCUCACUGGGACACCAAGCCGCCACCGCGCAUCUCCGGCCUCUGAAGACACUUGAGCCCGAGGAGGAGGUUGAAGACGACCCCAAAGUUCACCUCGAAGCCAAGGAACUCUGGGAGCUUUUUCACAAGCGCGGCACAGAAAUGGUUAUCACCAAAUCUGGAAGGCGAAUGUUCCCUCCGUUUAAAGUAAGAUGCACGGGCUUGGACAAAAAGGCCAAAUAUAUUCUAUUGAUGGAUAUUGUUGCGGCUGAUGACUGCAGGUAUAAAUUUCACAACUCUCGCUGGAUGGUGGCAGGAAAGGCUGACCCCGAAAUGCCAAAACGGAUGUACAUUCACCCCGACAGUCCGGCCACUGGCGAGCAAUGGAUGUCUAAAGUCGUCAAUUUUCACAAACUUAAACUGACAAAUAACAUCUCCGACAAGCAUGGAUUUACGAUACUAAACUCCAUGCACAAAUAUCAGCCAAGAUUUCACAUUGUGAGAGCCAACGACAUACUGAAACUCCCAUACAGCACGUUCAGGACCUACGUGUUCCCUGAGACAGAUUUCAUUGCUGUCACUGCCUACCAAAAUGACAAGAUAACACAGCUGAAAAUUGAUCACAAUCCUUUUGCAAAAGGAUUUCGUGACACUGGAAAUGGGAGACGCGAAAAAAGAAAACAGCUGGCUCUGCAAUCGAUGCGAUCGUAUGAGGAGCAACAGAAAAAAGAAAACGGGACGUCAGACGAUUCCUCAGGCGAACAAGUGUCCUUUAAAUGUUUUCGCCAGACUUCGUCUCCUGCGGUCUCAACUGUUGGCCAGAAUAACUUAAAAGAUUUUUGUGACAGUGAUGAAGAUAGCGAUGAAGAAGACAAAGAUGUUAAUGUGAAAGAGGGGCCAGACUCGAGCAAAAUUUCCACCACGACUGAGGACUCCAAGGAUCACGAUGCGAGUUUAAGCAAAAGUCUGCUUGGGGAAAGUGACUCUGUCGGUCGGAGAACUGAAAAAAUACGAGCGGACUCACGGCAGAGCCCCAUCACGCUCAUUUCUAGCACCACUCGGUCCGGUGAGGAACUCAAAAGUCCGGGCCGGGAACAGACCAAAACAGACGACUGCCGGACCGUGAGCAAAGAAAAUUACAUGCCAUUGACUGUCCAAACAGAUGGCGCUGCGCACUUAAAUCAAAGCCACUUGCACAAUUUCGGAUUUCCGCCGGGUUUGGCCGGGCAGCAGUUUUUCAAUCACUUGGGUGGUGCCCAUCCGUUUCUCUUACACCCCAGUCAGUUCAAUAUGGGAGGCGCUUUCUCAAACAUGGCCGCAGGGAUGGGCCCCAUACUGGCAGCAGUUUCCUCCGGAGGGGUCAGUUCAAUGGACACGAGCAGCAUGCCAUCACCCUCGCAAAGCCUGACGGGGGCACCGUUGCCCUUCCACCUACAGCAACAUGUCCUGGCGUCGCAGGGUCUGGCUAUGUCUCCUUUUGGUGGUCUUUUCCCGUAUCCUUACACAUAUAUGGCCGCCGCUGCAGCUGCUUCAUCCGCUGCCUCUUCAUCAGUCCAUCGUCAUCCGUUUCUAAACGCGGUGCGGCCCCGGUUAAGGUACAGCCCUUACUCUUUACCGAGCGUCCCCGACAGCACUUUGCUUACAACGGCUGUCCCACCCAUGGCGAGCAGUGCCAUCGAUCUGAAGGGAGACGGGAUGACCACAAGUCCCACUUCAGCUGCUCUGGACUCUGAGGUCACCAGCCGCUCGUCUGGUUCAGUGUCACUGUCACCAAAAACCUGCGCCGAGAAAGAUUCCAGCACCGAGUUACAGAGCAUCCAGCGCCUAGUCAGUGGACUUGAAUCCAAACCGGACAGAGCGCGCAGUGUGUCUCCAUAGCGUGCUGCGCUUGAGUGGCACAUCGUGGAACGUUGAAGACAUUGACAGAUCUACAGGUCACGUACGACGAUUAACCCGUUUACAAUACGGACCUGCAUCGGACAGAAAGUUUAGACUCAAAAUGCACUUUGGUAAAACAAAAAUAAACACGUAAAAUGUAUGUUGUUCUUUUGUUAAAUUAAAACAUUAACUUUAUUUUUCCCCCACCAUUUUGAAUACCAUAGAAGUAUUGAACAGUGAACAGUUUGGCAAGGACGUCAGAGACUGAAUCAAGCUGCUGCUCCUCUUUAUGUUAUACGUCAGGGUGACAAUGAUUUGAUUUAAUUUAAUAUGCACUCUGAAUAGAAUCUUACUUUAUUUCAUAUUUCUUUAUCGGAUGUGUUAGAAAACAUAUUAAUUAAAUUAAUAAAUUACCGGAGGCAUAUUGCAUGUCAAAGACCAGACUUAACGUAAUCAAGACUGCUGUUUUUGAGUAAAUGUUUUAGUCUGUAUUGUUCGAAGCGCAAAUUCACCAAGAACGAAAUCUACACUACAGUUUCAAGAAUAUUUUGCAAUAUGACUAUGUAUAUAUAUAUAUAUAUAUAUAUAUAUAGUCUCUCUCUUUUUUCCCCUUUUUCUUCUUUUUUUUUCAAACUUUAUAUUGUUUUAUUCUUUUUUUCAAAGUUGGCAAUGAGUCCACCGAUUAAUCAUUUGAUUAUCUAACAGACGCGGUACUAAAAUUGCUUAUAAAAUACAACUUCGAGAUGAACUGGGAAAAGGGAUCAUAUGGAUCAAAAUGGAUCAUAUGGUUAUAAAUACAAAUGUAAAUAACGAUAUAUAUAUAACAUAUUUAUGUAAUUAUUUCAUAUGAAUAUUGCUUGUAAAUACAACUGAGGUUCCUUGUUUGUUUGUUUGUUUGUUUGAGGGAGCUUAACUUAAUUUAUUGUUGACAUAUGUGUAAAAUAGUUUGUGAACAUUUUCCUUGUCGAUUACGUUCUCAUUUGCGUCCUCCAGACUCUGGAUUCCACCCGUAACACCACAGUGCUAGUUCCUCUAGCAGAAAAAAUAAUGUGCCAUCGUUUUGAUUAACUGUUGUGUAAGUGCUUUGGUUCAAACAAAUUAAAGGCGAUAACACAAUGCA